AUGGACAGAGGCGGCUCGCCAAGGCGGAAGCGCCUCCGGAAAUCGCCCGCCAUGGCUCAACCUCUACCUCAGCCGUCCUCCACCGGCGAUCUGACCCACCGAUUAGCCAGCGCGCACGUGGACAACGCCGACAAUGCCGACGCGCGAGGGGUUGUCGAGCCGCGAGAGGUGAUCGAGAGACGGCGCUACGAGUAUCUCGACCACCCGGCCGACAUCCAGCUUCACUCAUGGGGCCCGCGACUAGAAGAGGCGCUCGAAGCGGUGAUGAUGGCCAUGUACGGCUACAUGACCGACUUGGAGAAGGUGGAUGAGGUCUACCAGUACUACUUUCGCGGCCAGGGCCAUGACCUGCACACCAUGAUCUUCUCGGUGAUGGAAGAGGUGCUGUGCGUCUUCCAGUCGGAGCCCUUCUUCAUCGCCAAGCGCUUCGAGGUGACCGCGUUCGACCGGGAGAAGUUUACGAUUGAAGCUCGGGGCUAUGGCGAAUCCUUUGAUAUGGAGCGCAAGCACACCCAAGAGGGCGACAUCAAAGCCAUCACCUACAGCAACAUGCAAGUGCUGGAACAACCGGAAAGAACCGAUCUCUAUGUGAUUGUCGAUAUU